AGUUACUGUAAGUGGCUUGAAUAAAUAUUGCUCAUCUCUAUUAUUAAGAUAUAUUGAAUUCUGAGCUAGGUAUAAUUCUAAAAUAGGGGCAGUAAUAUGACUGAAAUCUGUGAGCCCUUGAACUUGGCAAGGGAUGUAAAAAGGUCAAUAGAAUUAUUAGAAAAACUUCAGGCUAGCGGAGAUUUUCCAACAACAAAAUUAGCCGCAUUACAAAAAGUUCUAAAUUCUGAUUUUUUGAACUCUGUGCGUGAAGUCUAUGAACACGUUUACGAAACAGUUGAUAUACAAGGUUCACACGAUGUUCGGGCAUCUGCAACAGCUAAAGCAACUGUGGCUGCUUUUGCUGCCAGUGAAGGCCAUGCACAUCCAAGAGUUGUAGAAUUGCCAAAAACAGAGGAAGGUUUGGGCUUCAAUGUAAUGGGAGGCAAAGAGCAGAACUCUCCAAUUUAUAUCUCGCGAAUAAUACCUGGUGGUGUUGCAGAUAGACAUGGAGGGCUAAAAAGAGGAGAUCAGCUGCUUUCAGUAAACGGAGUGUCGGUUGAAGGGGAAAAUCAUGAAAAAGCAGUUGAAUUAUUAAAGCAAGCGGUUGGUUCCGUAAAGCUUGUGGUACGUUACACACCCAAGGUUCUUGAAGAAAUGGAAAUGCGAUUUGAUAAACAACGUAAUACACGUCGUCGUCAGUAGAGCUAACAAAAAUGUAUCUUACAAUUGCAACAAACAUUUUAACAUGCUUUAAAAAUCUCAAUAAUAACAUAAUGCGCUCUUUAGUUGCAGUUAAAAGGGUUGCUGCCUUAUAUUAUAAAAAUAUAAAAAACUAGAGUAAACUCGACCAAAUAUUAUACAUUUGUUUUAACUAAAAUUACGUAUGGAUAUAUUAUACUUUUAAGCUUAUGUCGGCUGAACGAUAAUCAACUUUAUUUUAUAUAUUUACUUGUUGGCAGAAUUACAUUUUUACCUUAAAUUUGAGCUGUAAAA